AUGUUUUUGGGACAAGUUUCGUGGCUGGAUAUUGCCAUCUUUCUCUUCUUCCUCACACCUCAAUUGAUCAUCCAUGUUGGCUUCUUCCAAACUGCCAGUUGUGGUCUGCAGGCACUACCAUUUUUAUUAAUCAAAUUACCUCUAUCAUUCAUCAAGGAACGCUUUUUAACAAGCUACAAAAACCAAUCGCCUUUUAUUCAAGAAGCUUCCUGGUUUGAGGAUAUUGUCAUUCGUUGUGUCCGUUAUGCCUUUGCCUAUAUUCCAGCAAAUAUUGGUCGAGUCUUCUUCUCAAAAGCAGUCGCGUUGCCAUUUUUGAGGUUCCGUAUGCUUCGUCAUGGAUUCAUAAAAUCCCCUAUUCACUGGCAUGAGGUCAAUCGGGACGACAUGAAAGGAAUUUGGAUCAUUGCGGACAACACUAGGGAACCUGAUAUUGUGAUUUAUUAUGCCCAUGGUGGUGGAUUCUCCAUGGGAUCAAGCUAUUUCUACUUGGAAUUUCUUCUUUCAUGGUUGAGCCUACUCAAAGACUCUAGAAAAUUUCGAAACCCCGCAAUCUUCGCAUUAGAAUACAGCUUAGUACCUGAUGAAUCAUAUCCCACUCAACUUCACGAAGCAUUUGCCGGCUACAAAUAUGUCCUAUCCAUGACGAACCACCCAUCCAAAAUUUGUGUCAGUGGCGAUUCAGCUGGAGCGACAUUGAUUCUCAGCUUGCUUCUUCACAUAGCCAGACCAGAUAUAGUCAAGUCGGAUGCAACCAUGGAGAUUAUACAUACCGAGACCCCUGCAAUGGCAGUUUUGAUUUCUCCUUGGACUACUCUCGAUUCACCAGAGGCCAAGAAUACUUCAAGUGACUACUUAGAUACCAAUAGCCUACGUCGUUAUGCACGUCAAUACGCUGGAAGUCGAGCUUCUUUCUCAGAUCCCUCUCUCUCACCAGGGGCAUGUAAAGAUUUGGACUGGUGGAGAAUGGCCAGUCCUACCAGAGGUUUCUUCAUUACUUAUGGUUCAGAGGAGGUCUUUGCUCCAGAGACUCGUGACGUUAUUAUGCUCCUCAAAAAGUCUAGAAAGGUUGAGAUACGAGCACAGGAACAAAUUGGUGGCAUUCACGCAUGGCCUGUCGCAGCUCUAUUCUUAAGUAGCACCUCAUCCUCAAGGUUGAAAGGGCUGCGUAUGCUUGUAAGCGAAAUAGGUGAACGAAUGGGAAAGGUACAUUGA